UACAGAGGAAACGUAAAAGAGUGGGUCUGAUAGAUGGACAGACUUUUAUAGAACUCAGAGCCACUUUUGGAACAAAACUGAAAAACACAGGGAGAGUAAAAGCCAUGGAGCUGCUGCUAUUGCUUCUUCUUAAGAUCAUCUUCACAAUCGCCUUUCUUGGAUUGGUUAGCAAGUUGAUCCAGAUGGGUGAUGCUCUAAUAUGGAAGCCAAAAAGGCUUCGAUCAAUUCUGCAAAAACAGGGGAUCACAGGCCCUCCACCCUCUGUUUUGCUCGGGAAUACUGGUGACAUGAAGAAGAUGAAAUCCUCAGCCUCAAAGGCUCAACAAAAAGGAGAGCAAGCAAUAACCCACAAUUGCUCUUCCGCAAUCUUUCCUUUCUUUGACGAAUGGAGAAAAUCAUAUGGUUCAAUAUUUUUGUUCUCGGUUGGCAGCAAACAAAUACUUCACAUGACCGAUCCUGAGGUGGUAAAGGAAAUAAGCAUAUGCACUUCCUUGGACUUUGGAAAGCCUUCGUAUCAAUCAAAAGAGCGUGGUCCUCUGCUUGGCCAAGGGAUCCUGACAUCAAAUGGAGCAACAUGGGCUCACCACAGGAAGAUCCUUGCUCCGGAACUAUACAUGCAGAAGGUUAAGGGCAUGAUGAGCAUAAUGGUGGAGUCCUCGAUGACAUUGGUUAACUUAUGGAGGACAGAAAGUGAGGGUGGAGUUGCAGAUAUUCACAUUGAUGAAUAUAUGAGAAGCUUUUCUGGAGAUGUAAUUUCAAGGGCCUGUUUUGGGAGCAACUAUUCCAAAGGCGAAGAGAUAUUUUUAAAGCUUAGAACACUUCAAGAGCUCAUGUCUAAAAAGUUUUUUUCCAGUGGCAUUCCUGGAAUGAGGUAUCUUCCAACAAAGAGUAAUAGAGAAAUAGGGAGGGUAGAAAAAGAGGUCCGCACUUUGAUUCUCAAGGUAGUAAACGAAAGGAAGGAAGUAGGAUCAGGGAAUGAUUUGUUACAUAUGAUCCUUGAAGCAGCCACCACCAGUGGAUUUUCCCAAGAUGAGACAGAACGCUUCAUUGUUGACAAUUGCAAGAACAUAUACUUAGCUGGGUAUGAGACUACUGCUAUCUCCACCACGUGGACCUUGAUGUUGUUGGCCUCAAAUCCAGAGUGGCAAGCCAGAGUUCGUGCCGAGGUGUUAGAAGUUUGUGGGGGUCAAAUGCCUGAUGCUGACAUGGUUCGCAAGAUGAAAAUGCUGACAAUGGUAAUUCAUGAAUCAUUGCGACUUUACCCUCCAGUGCCAGUGGUGUCCAGGGAGGCAUUUGAAGACAUGAAAUUGGGAGAUAUUCAAGUGCCUAAAGGUGUCAAUGUCUGGAUCUUGUUGGUAAGCUUGCACGAAGACCCUGAUAUUUGGGGACCCGAUGCCAAUGAGUUUAAUCCCGAGAGGUUUGCGAAUGGAGUCAGUGGUGCAUGCAAGCUACCUCAUGUCUACAUGCCUUUUGGAGUUGGGCAGCGUACGUGUUUAGGGCAAAACUUUGCCAUGGCAGAGCUCAAAAUUAUUUUAGCUCAAAUUGUGUCCAACUUCUCAUUCUCUUUGUCACCUAAAUACAGGCACUCUCCAACAAUGAGGAUGGUCAUAGAGCCUGAACAUGGUGUCAAUCUCCUUAUUAAGAGGCUGUGAGCUAUAUAAGCCUACUAUAGCUUUAGUUGGUUCUUUGGACAGUUAUCUUAUUUAUCGAUGUAAUGAUUAGUAAUGAUUUCAUGGAUUUUUUUUUGCUUAAA